AUGAUGCUCACGUUGAAACAGCCAGUACAUUACGGGUAUCGUACCGUCCAUGAUCUUCCGACACCUCCCUCGACUUCCCGACCAUCACCCCCCGUGACCAUACAGGAAAAUCCCCAAAAGCCGUUGCCGCCUCUGCCCCGUAGGAACAGCCCUUCUACCAGAGACAUGUCAGCGCCUCAUCGUGGUCUGCCUUUGCCGGCCAUGACUCUGCCUCAGCCCAACCCGCCGCCGGCGUCUAGCCAUCCGCCUGGUCACGGGCCUGGACCGGGACCUGGGCCGAUGUCUCAUGUGCAACAGCCGCAAUCGCAGCCUCCGCUGCCGCCUUCUUCGGGUCAUUCGCUAGGUGCACUGCCUAUGGCACCCCAGUGGCAGGGUCAGGGAGCAGACGAACCCAUGAGGACAUGGCUAGUUGCAAAGGCGGAAGAGGAGAAGAGGAAACAGGAGGAAGAAAAGACGAGGCAAGAGACUCUGCGGUUAGAAAAACGGAGGCUCGAGCAUGAUAUGCUGCGUACAUGCCUGGACCGUGGGGUCCCUCCACCAAUGGUUCCAGUCAUGUUCCUCGGUAUGGCCGGAGGCAUGCUUCCCCAGGCCGCGCUGGAGCAAGCACAGCAGUAUCUGGCACAGCUUGGCCAUCAGCCUCAGUUGCCACCAGCACCAGGGCAGAUCUCGCCGGAUCACAUGAGGCGAGAUUCCCAAUCACAUGGAUACGGACCGUAUGCCGGGUCUGCUGGAGUUCCGUCCACGCCCGGAUCCGCACCUCAGACUGGUGGUUUUGUACCAUACCAAGGGCCUGCUUCACCGACCCGAGCCAGAGCACACACGUUGUCUGUAGCGGGAGCAAUUGGGCGGCCAUUGGGCAGUACACUGCCACGAUUAGCCACGGGGGAGUUGAUUACAGGGCCACAAGCGGGCCAACCCCAAGUACAUGGACAGCAGCUAUCGACCUCGCAGUCAGAGACACAGUCUCCUUCGAUCUAUUUUCACCACUGGCAACCGCCAAGUUCUCAGGGAGUUUCUACUCAGCCUGCGACACCUUCCGUCGACUCGCCCAGGAAACGAAAAGCCACUGGGCCACAGCAGGCGGCACCUCCUCCGAACACACAAGCCAGCAGAAGAUCUCCUCCCUUUGGUCACUCUUCCACCCUAGCAAAUCCACCUCAAGGGCGGCGGCGGGGGCACUCGCGGCAGAGGAGUGAUCUCUCGUCCUAUAGAUCGGCGGCGGGAGGUCGUGGCCGGGGGGACAGCUUCGGUCCGAGCAGGGCACUAUCCCCUGGUCUGGGCACUCCAGUCGAAGGCGUACCGCUCGAGUCAUCUGCGCAAGUGCGCACCGGCACACAUACAGUAUCCUCAAUGCUUUCAGAACAACCAUCACCACCCUAUACGGGCGAAUCAAGGACUCAACAACAUCAGCAGCAACAUGACCAAACUGGGGAAUCGGAUAGAAGACGCUCACCUAAUUCCGCUGACGAGCAAACGCGGACUGGAGGCGCAGCACGUCCGGCCAGCCGUACACGAGACGAUGAAUGA